GGGUCUGGAAUCUUUGGAAUCCAGGCCUGAUGGCGGUAAUAGGAGAAGCUACCGGGCCAUAUAUCAAGUCUCAAUCCACGAUAGCUGUAGAUGUUGGCUACUUUUCACUAUCCUUCCUGAUUGUUAUCACUGUGUUCAUCAGCGUCCACUAUGCGUUUCUUUUCUGCCUUGCUCGUAGCAGUCACAGCAGGGCUUGCUGUUGCAGCUCCUGUAAAGAGCAAGCGUGUUACCAAGUUUAAGUUCUUUGGUGUCAACGAAAGUGGCCCUGAGUUCGGAGAGAAGAACUUUCCUGGAUUGAAGGGCAAAGACUACAUAUGGCCCACCACUAGCACCAUCGAUCAAUUCAUCAGCAAAGGUUUCAACACCUUCCGCAUCAACAUUCUGGCGGAACGUGUAGUCCCGAACCAACAGACUGGUGGACUCGAUUCAGCAUAUUUCAAAGAUCUGGACGAUACUGUCAAAUACAUUACGAAUAAGAAGGCAUACGCUAUGAUCGUGCCCCAUAACUAUGGGCGUUACUAUGGAAAUAUCAUCACAGAUGUCUCUGGCUUUGAAAAGUUCUGGAAGACACUUGCUACGCCCUUUAAGGACAACUCAUAUGUCAUCUUCGACACCAACAAUGAAUUUCAUGAUAUGGACCAAGACCUUGUGGUCAAAUUGAACCAAGCCGGUAUCAACGGAAUUCGCUCUGCAGGCGCCACUAAGCAGUACAUCCACGUUGAGGGAAACAACUGGAACGGCGCCUGGACCUGGACCUCCAGCCAGAACGGCGCUACGAUGGGUGCCCUCACCGACCCCAACAACCUCCUUGUCUAUCAGAUGCAUCAAUAUCUCGAUAGUGACGGUAGCGGCACUCAUGCCGAAUGCGUGUCUUCCACCAUCGGAAAGGAACGUAUCCAAGCUGCCACGGAGUGGCUUCGGACGAACAAGAAGGUCGGAUUCAUUGGCGAAUUCGCGGGUGGUGCCAACAGCCAGUGCCAGACUGCAAUCAAGGGGAUGCUAGACUAUAUGGCACAGAACGCCGAUGUCUGGCAAGGUGCCUUGUGGUGGGCUGCUGGCCCAUGGUGGGGAACGUACAUGUACUCGAUUGAGCCGAGUUCAGGUACCAGCUGGAAUAGUUACAUGAGCAUUCUUCAACAAGCUCAAUAGGACUGGAUAUCUAGAGGAUCGCGGGUUAAUCGCG